CUGCCUCACACGGCCAGACCCACCGGAGUACAGGUGAGCUGCAAAAAAAAAGAAAAAAAAACCCAAACAAGAAAGGAGGAGAAUCCUGGAAUUUUAUCUGUCGCUGCGAACCUGUGGCUGCUGCAGACUUUGUCACCUGCAGCACAUUAUGUUUAUCUGUACGGGGUGGUUCUGGGCAGGAAAUGGACACGAGAGGGAUUAGAUAAAGCGCAGCGACCUUUCAUCGCCUGAGCGGUCCUCAUCUACACGUUAAGCUUGGUCCACCAAAAUAAAACAAUUAAGGACUGGCUGAACAGCGAGAGCACUCUUUUUGAGAAAGAGCAAAACAGACAAAGGGAAUCUGAAAGAAGGAGCUGCUGACAGCAUUCGUGAGGAACUUUUGACGCAUUUAAGUAUUAAUCAAAACUACCACCAGGAAAAAUAAGAACUUUCCUUUUCAAUUGUGGUUUCCUGAAUAAACAAAAGAAAGACACUGAUUAUCCUGCUUCCAGACGCUGUGUCUGGCUUUAAUGUAUAAGAACAGAACACAGGACACCAGAAUAAAGAAACUUUAAUUGAAAACAUUAGAGCUCUGAAUACAAACCAGUCUCUGGAAUGACCUUUCCAUAGUGAAAUGUUAUUCCUCGCAUGCACCUAACAGCAGGAAGCUGCCAUAUACACAGUUCCCCUGGACGUCACUGCAGAGUUAUGAUCUCCAAGAUAAAGGGCAGAUCCUUUUCUGUGAAAGAAAAAUAAUCUGCGGACGGGAGAUUGGGAUGCAGACGAAAAGCAUGUUUUGGUGACCGAAAUAGCAGAGGAGGAACGAGCAACGUCUGGGAAAGAAAAAAAAGGAGUGUACGAGCGAUGCGAGGAGAGAAGAUUGGACUGUUUCUCAGCCCUCUGUGCCAGAGUUUUAGGAGAGGACAACAAACUUGUGCAAUUUUGGUGGCAGUCGUCCAUGGGAACACAUCCAAGGCACAUUGGAGCUGACCCUCCUGGGAGGUCCUGUUAGAUAGAGAAUAAUACUGCAUGAAGACCAGAGCGCACGUCUUCCGUCAAGUUUCGGCUGACUACAGGAGAACAUUUGGAAGGAUUAUUGCUGAAAGGGGAGCCAUGACCGGAAGCAACAACCUGGAAAGCUGAGCUACUCCUUUCCCUUUCCAUUUCUGUGCGUUUUCUUGUAUUUCCAAACGUAUUCACUGCUUGCCAGUGAGGACAAAAUCUUCCAUCUUCCAACUGGACCGACAGUUUCAUCUUGUCAGGACGGAAGAUUGAGCUGACUGGAACGAAACCCUCACAUAUCCCCCUGUUGAGGGUUUUUGUUUCUGCUGCUGCAGAAAGCAUUUAACGUGGUUCGUGAUGGAGAUGGACAAGGGACAUGUGCCUAUCAGGAGAGGGGUGAGCUGGAGUCCAGGAGGAUUGAGGAAACCUCUCCAGGCAACGCAAAACAUGCACACCCCUGGGACGGAGUGCAAUGCAUCAUGGGAGAAGACAGGAUUCAACAAAGAACAGAUGAGCCGGAAAACAAAUCUGACCCGGAGUGCCAGUUUAUCAGAGAAGGAGCUAAAGGAAGCUCGUGUCAGGAGUCAGAUCAUCGCAGCUCAGCUCACCAUCCCGUCCAACUCCAGCUCCAGAGGCGUGCAGCUCUUCAACCGGCGCAAGCAGAGGGUCAGCGCCUUCACACUUGAAAGCUGUGGAGAGGGUUCAGAGGAGGACAGAGCUGAGAAUGUGAAAACCGACCCCUCAUGUAACAAGCAAACAUGGGCAGAGAGGAGCAGUGAGGAGAAGGAUAGAGAUCUGAACUUUAAAAAUAGCGCUACCAAGCCACUCUUGUCGCCACCUGGGAGGGUACAUUCAGUAGGUGGUAUCAAGGCGGACCCAGGUAAGGAUUCACACACGGAAGAAGUCAUGGAGGAGAAUGUUAUCCAGGAGAGGCAUUUCCUCCCUGUCAAGGAAGAGCAGGAGGAAGAGGAAGAGGCGAGAGAUAAAAUCCACGAGGAGCUUGAGGACAAAGUCAAGGAUGAGAUUCCCCCUGGAAGUAAUAAUACUGAUCCAGUCCUGAUUGGACAUGCUGAAGGGGAAGAAGAGAUAAAUGGGGGCCACACAGGGCCACUUCCCACUGGAAAGCUUCUUAAUGGCUGCCACAGUACUUCUGGGCCUGAGAGAGGGUCUGUGACCGCAUCCAAGCAGACGAGCACCAUCAUCAAUCGAACUGCCAGGCCCUUUUUCUCUCCGCUGACGGUGCAGUCUCCAGAGGCACUCAGCCCUGUCAUGGACAUUCCCCCUCCUCCUUCUUACUCCACUCCUCCUCUCCCUGCUUUCACUGCUCCCCAGCCUGUGGCGUUCUCACCUCCACCUCCACCUUCGUAUCCCACACCUCCUUUACCUGCCUUUACAAACCAGCCCCCGCAGGCCUACUACUCCUCUCCACCUCCGAUGUCUCCUGUCAUGUCCCCAUCCUCGCCUCCACCGUCCCAGUUUCCCAUUUCCUCUGUAUCUCAGUACCCGCCCAUGCCCCAUUACGGCCCUCCUACAGCACCCAAACCCUCCACCUUUGUUCCUCAGCCUGCAUCAGAGAGAAAACCCAUUGCAAUCAAAACAGGCAUACUUGAAGAGGGCGCUGCCAGAAGGGCAAAUAGGAAGGCAAUGUUCACGUUCAAAGAGAAGCCAGUGAUGGCUCCGAACCCCGAGCUGCUCUCUCUGGUGCAGGGGGCAGAUGAAAGGAAGAAGCAUGGACAGAGAUCUGUGCCUGAGCCAGCAUCUGAGGAAGAAUUGCUGGCUCUGGGUGCAGAGGCCUCCAACUUCCUCACCAAGGAAGAGGAAAGGGCAGAGGAGGCAAAAGCACCAGAGUGGUCUUCUUGCCUCAAGAGCUCAAGGACCCGACCGAGGGCCGAGCACAGGCCAGACCAGACCCUCACCAAUGUAUCAGGAAAGGGUGCUGAGCUGUUUGCCAGGCGUCAGUCCAGGAUGGAGAAAUACGUUGUUGAGAAGCAAAACACCGGGCAAAUGAGGUCUCCUUCUCCGACAAUGUCUCUGCCUCCAUCUUGGGUGUACCCAUCCAACAUGCCAGGCAGGGUCAAGGCCAUUGCUAAAAGCUCUGACAUGAGCACACAGCUUUCACAAAACCUAAAGGCCCAACAAGCGAUCAAGCAGAAACCGAGGCCUAAAGCUCCAGCACCGGAGCCAGUUCCAGAGCCACCUACUUUAGAAAAUGGUUGCUCCAAGAUAGAGAUGGACCUGUCAAGGCACCGGCCGUACCAACUUAACUCUUCCCUCUUCAUCCUUAACCCAGCCAAGGACCCGCUCAGUACCCUACCCAGAGGAGCACCACAGGCCAAGAACCUGAUGCCCACCCAGUCUUUCUCUAGACAGACUCCCCUACCUAACAACCCUCCAUCUCACUUCAGUACCCAGUGUAUGUCUCCACAGCUGCCCCAGAAUCCCACAAGAGGACGAGCAGAAUAUCCUUCAAAUCCCGCCUCGGGGCAGCCAAGGAUCAGCUCUCCAAUGUCUGCCUUUUCUCCAGAGCGAGUGUCCUCUCCUCGGUCAGGGGUCCAGGCACCGAGGCCCACAUUUUCUGCCAAGAAGGCAGGGAUUGCGCCGCAGACACCAAAGGACUCCUCCCAGGAUGAAACCCCCAGUGAGACUCCCACGCCAACCAGGACGCCCAGCCUCACCAGACGUUUCAGCAGCCCAGAGGGCCCCGUUGCUGGUGCAUGGAGUGCCAGCCUACAAGCUAAUCGCCCCUCCACUACCAUGUCUAGCCGCUCGGUUACUUCCCCUGUGUCCUCUCCACUGGGUACAAGAUGCCAAUCCCCUAUGGCCAGUCAGAAUAUCCAGUUUUCCACUUCUACUAUAACAUCCAGACCCUCUCAGACAUCUACAGUCACCUCUCCACGCUCUCCUCCUUGGGGCUCAAGAUGUCAGUCCCCAAUGGUGAGCCAGAACACCCAGUCGCCUGGCGUCUCCUCUAAUCCUAGUUUCAGACCUUCCCAGACUUCUACUACAGCUUCUCCCCUUUCUCCUCCUUGGGGUUCAAGAUGUCAAUCCCCAAUAGUGAGCCAGCAGUCCUCCACUGUUGCCUUCAUGCACACAUCCAGACCCUCCCAAACCUCCACCGCCACAUCCCCACGCUCCCCUCCUUGGGGAUCAAGAUGCCAGUCCCCAAUGGUGAGCCAGAAUACUUCCACUGUCACCUCCAUUACCACACCCAGACCAACCAAAACAUCCACAGCCACAUCUCCGGUCUCUCCUCCUUGGGGCUCACGCUCCCAGUCUCCAGCACUCUCUCAGACCAGUUUAUCCUUCCCUACCACGAGGCCUCUAUACACAUCUUCUGCCACCUCUCCUGUUCCCCCACCCAAAGACAGUCGUUGCAUGUCCCCCAUUGUUAAUAACCUAGACUCUAAAGCCAACCAUCGCCUCCUGGCUAAGAACAUCAUCAAUGCAGCCAAACGUAAAAACAGCCCCUCCCCUGGAGCACUGAGCGGUCACAGCCUCCCCAUCUCGCCUCUAGGGAAUUCACAACACGGCUACGACUGUCACAAACCACCCAUCAGCCCUUUCCAGUCGCGGGCACUGGGGGCCCAGUCACCUACCUUCACCAGCCCUCCUCCCACCCCAACACAGAGGAUCUGCUCCCCUGUAAGGCUUUACAACACUCGCUCCCUCACCGACUCUGAUGCUUCUGUUGAGUCUGAAGACUCUGGCCUCCGAUCGCCUGGCCUUCAGUCCUACAACACUUGUCCCCGCGGGUGGGGAGGUAGCCUGAGGGUGAAGAGAAGCACCGUCUCCACUGACCUGUGAGGGUGUUAAUGAAAGACAAUGGCAUUAUUUUACCUUUCAUAGACUUUUGUGGCAUUGGAUCAGCCAGCAAAUGAGUUUCUGAUUGCAUUACAUCAAACCAACACAGGUAUUAGAUACGUUCUGCAGCUCUGGAUACGGAUCCUGGAUGAUAAUAAAUGUUGUAUCAUGGUAGAAUUAGUAUUUCAUAUGACUCGCAUUCAUAGUCUGGACUGACAAGAACAAGCUUUUUAGAUAACGGAGUUGCUGUGGCUUGUACGCUUCUUACAUACCAAAAAGUUCAUCAAUUUAAAAAUGUUAUUAAAUGAAUCGUCAUUAUGUUUGCUGGUCUGACGUGAGUCAAAACAGGAAGAGACUUAAAAGAUGUAAGGCACAGAAGGGACACAUGAAUGAGAAAUGUGUAAAUAUGUAGCUCAUCGGACUGUGCAGUACUUGGUUAAAGGACACCUAGUAGGCUUAAAUAGACAGGAGCUAAAUGAAAGGGGGAGUACAGUACUGCAGCACUGGACAGUAUUAGAAAACGGAUGUGUUUUUUGAGAACUAAAGCAUGUAAACCAACUCUAGUAAUAGCCAAAAUAAAAUAGUAUGCAUAAUAUGUCUCCUUUAAGGAAUUCUCAUUGUACCGUAUAAGUAAAGUAAAUACCGAACUGGGUAAAAUGAGUUCCAUCAUUUAUCCCUGACAAUAACACAGUGGUAGGUAGGACACAUGCUAUUCACAUUAUCACACAUGGUCAAAGUAUUCAUCACAGUUUAAUAUGCAUUUUUGAAUUAAUGGAAAAUAAAUCAUAUGCAUAAUCAUCGCAGUGCAAUAAUCACAGUGUAUAUAUGUUGCUUUGUGUGCUGCAUUUAAAAUGAAUGUAAGCUUUAAAGACGGAUGGACAGGAAGUGACAGAAGAAAAGGGAGUGCACAGUGUGAAGAGUUAUGCGGAGCAUCAGCGGAGCAUUGAUGACCCAGAUUAAUCAAACACAUGACAUCAUGUUUCAGGAAAAAAAAAGAUUUUAAAAGCUUUAAUGAUCAAUGAACAAAAUGUUAUGUGACAUAUAUGCCCAUGUUUUGUUGUGUUUGCUGACCACAAACAGUCAUUCUGUUUUAUAUCAGUGUGAACAGAUUAACAUAUUUCAUGCCUGUAACUUACAAAGUGCCUUUUUGAAAGAGGUUUAGAAUGUGACACAAGUAGAUAAAGGUACAACAAAACGUUGGUAGGUUUCCGCCGGAAGAAGAAGGUCAGCGAAUGUUGUGUGUUUGUAUGUCUAAGUGUUUGUGAGAAAAGGAUCAGAGGAAUGGGUUGUAUUUUAAAUACAUACACAACUCUAAUGUACAUUCUCUUUAACUUCUAAAGUGUCUUUUUAUACUUGAUUUGCACUUUUGUUUAUUCCAUUUCAGCCGCUAAGCCAGGCUGUUCGUGACGAGAUUUGCCCCAGCAGGUGUAAUUCACAUGCAACUGACUUUUUCUGUUUUGAGUGCAGGGUCAUCGAAAGUCAGUUUACACCAUUCACAUCACACAACAGAUCAUUCCUCCACUACCUGACCCGCAGGCCAAAAGCAUCAGCACAUUUCUAAAUAUUAACUUCUGUGUGUCCUUUGAGUGACAGAGACACCUGCCACAUGGUGACCUGGCUCCUUCAGCGGGACUAAGCCUAUCACUGUCAUGGAUUGGUUUCGACCUGGGUCACCCCUGUCCAAACAAACACUGCUGACAUCCUCGAACACAGAUAAUUUUCAUUGCAGUUUUCAUACAAAUUCUUUUGAGGGUUCUGUGAUUGCAUGCCUGCAUUUUUCUUUUCAAUACGGCUACAUUUUCUCUCAUUUCAUAACUGUAUGACGUCUGAAAAUAAACGCGAAAUAAAAAAAGUGAUGACACACCAA